AUGGAUCGUCAGCGCCGAGUUCCUCUCUCUCAAUUCGUCGAUGGCGUCAGACACUCUCCUCUCGUCCCUCCCGCUAUGGCCCGCAAGGCUCUCGUCCACAGACCGAGCGACGGAGACAUUGUCGUCGUGACCUACCCAAAGAGCGGGACCCACUGGACGCUGCACAUCAUCCAACUCAUCCUAGGUCGCGGACAGGGAGUGACCAGCUUUCCAGACUUAAUCAGACAAUCUCCCCACCUGGAAAACCACGGUUCGGAAGCCCUAGAGGGCACACCUUUGCCGAGGGUGAUGGGGACCCACCAGAAACUGCUCCUGCAGAACUUCAACAACAAGGCCAAGUACGUAUACGUCGCUCGGAAUCCGUGGGACACGUGUGUGUCGCUCUACCAUUUCAUGCGGGGCAUAGCCCAGUUCCAGUUCGAAGGCGGCACGUUCGACGACUUCUUCGAGGCUUUCGUGACGGGAGACCUAUGCUACGGGGACUACUUCGAUCACGUGCUCCACGGGUACGCCCGCAAGGACGACCCGAACGUUUUUUUCUUCACGUACGAGCAAUUGAAAGCGGAUACCCCUGGAAUGAUCCUGAAACUCGCCUAUUUUCUGAGCGAAGAGCGCGGAAAGAUGCUCGAGUGUGACCAAGAGAUGUUGCGGGAGGUCUUGAACAAAAGCAGCUUUGACUUCAUGAGCCGCGUCCUGGAACCGGGAGCGCAGGUGUUCUCAAGACAAUUCGGUGGUCUGUCCGCACCUAUGGUCAAGGGCAACAAUGCCGGAAAAGAGAGGGAUGAAGAGAAUGACUUUAAGCUAUUUCGGAAAGGAAAGAUGAAUUACUCGAAGGAGUUAUUUACACCGGCGCAGAUCCAACGUAUGCAAGCCAGGAUUGACGAGAUGCCUUUAGGCAGAGAUCUCAUGCAGUUAUGGAAUGAGAAAUAA